UGACAUACACGAGUCGAUCAGAAAGACUUAUGCAAGCUUUUCCUAAAGGCCACAUACUCUGUGGAACAUUUGCGUCAUCUGCGCACUUACAAAUAUUGAAGUAAGAAACUGAUGCCCGUGUGGAACGAUUACCACCGAGAGGAUGAUUGUCAAGGCCGCUGCACUGUCGAGCUUCGCGCUGGCCUUAAUGUUCACCUCAGCUUAUGCACAAGGCCAGUGCACCAACACCCAACUGCCCAACGUACUUGCGCUGGGAACGUGCCUCGGCCUGACACCCGAUUACUGCUCGGACAGACCUGAAAAUGCUACGCUGGAAGUUAUCAGAAUAUUCACGUGUGUAUUCAGAAUGAUGCCUCAAAUGACAGGACCAAUAAGAACUCUGUUCUACCUUCGAGCUGUCAUCACUGCAGUGCUGUCCAGGGUACAAUCAGAUCAGAACCUUGUCGCUGUAGCCAACAUGAUGUGCAAUCCGUUCGGGCUGCCCUUAUUUCAAUGCGAGGACGGGUUUCCCGACACAAUAACCUGCGGGCCACCCAUAAACAUCAGCCUGCCCACUUCCUUCGGAAUUAGUGACUGCGUCAAUUCAUCGCGCUUGGUCUGCUUGCAAGGUGAAACGCUCAGGAAUGAGACUAUGACCGAGCUGAUUGACUUUCUUGUGUGCCUCCUGAGUCGAUCACCUGGUGAAGGCGACACGCUUGCCGGACGGCUGGCAUGCACACUCGCCCAACUGGUCCAGUUCUCGGCGCAGCAGUUUGCCGCCUCAUUUCCUCUUCCGCUACUGGCCGCCGGAAUGCAGAUGUCUGCCAACCGACUCAGCACUGAGCUCGCGAUGCAGGCUCGCUGCUACUAACACCGGCGACAGCAAACAGCACCUCCGAAAUCCAAUAAGACCUUAUUGAAAUUUUUGUAUGGCAGUGGUCUAAUGGAUAGGUUAUUGUACUUCCACACCACACCUUCCUUUUUUGUCUGUUUUUGGGUGGCUGCUCUUUUCUCCACUCUUCUUUGCAUACUUACUUCCCAAUCCCCUUAAUGUAGGUUAGCAAACCAGAUGUUAUAGUUCUGGUUGAACACCGUCAUUUCCUGAUUUUUCUCUCUUCCCUCUCCUAUAUGCUUAUCACAGUCCGGUGACUAUGGCGGAGUGCUUCCGCCGACGAAAUUUGGAGUUCAGUUUCAAUCAAUUCAAUUUAUCUCUACACUUCGUACCUCAGAAACACAGGUAGAAGGGAUAAGAGGUUUUGUCAGUCGUCAGCACGACGACGAUUACACUAAGGUUACAUUAAAAUGACAGCUCGACAGUGGUUGCUACCAGCGGUUGGUACCAGCCUGUUAGAAAACAUGAAAAACUUUCAAUUCAACAAAGUCCUCAAAUGGCACGCAUAGAAUACGAUAAUUCUAAAAUGCAAAGUAUAUCCGUAGUGAAGCACGAACGAACAAACAAAAAUAUAUGAAAAUGUCGAAGUUUUUGUCAAUCACACCGAGCUCUUUUUAUUUCAAAAUAUAAUUAGGAAAUCGAUCACGAGUUCAGUUUGCUUCAUCUCUAAGGCAUUUAUUCAAGAACUUAAAAAUUUUUAAACAAGGUUGUACGCGGCUAUAGCUAUGAUGUCACAUGUCCCUUAGAAAUCGCAGGAAAGUACUAAAAAGUUGCCUCGUUACAAAAAAUGUACGACCUUCCAUCACAAUGCAUUCAGAUAGAUAGAUAGAUAGAUAGAUAGAU